UCAUGUUUGACAGUGACAGCUCUUCAAUGGAUUAGCCUGGCGUGCAGUGUGCAUAUUUUGUUUGCUCGUUGUAUUAUAUGUGCGUGACUUAGGGAUUCUUCCGCACGUUUGCAGUUUUUAUGUUGCGUCGUAAAAAUCAACGUUUGACCAGUUUUUACUUUUAAUCACCAAACUUCUACUUACUUAUCGGUUUCUUCUAUGUAAUCCAUUGUGUGUCAGCGCAAACUGUGCAAUUGCUAACCUACUGAUGGAUGUACACAAUGGAUAUGUUUUAAUUUCUACCAGAUGAUCAAAUUUUGUCGUCGUUUGUUAAAAUGGCCAAAGCACUAUUCUAUUUACUUUGUGUGUGGUGGUGUGCGUGUUCUGCUUCCCAAGUUGACGAUGUUUCAGUGGCCCAUGUCUAUGCAGAUGUGGGAUCCAAUGUGUCUCUACCGUGUCUACCACAGUCUCUCAGAUCUAACACACAGGAUUACAUUCCUGCUGUUAGUGAGAACACUCUUUUGCUUUGGAUUAGAGAAGGCAAAACACUUCAGCACAGUAGGGUUGAAGAAAACGGUAUCCUCACAUUGACCAAAAUCAGCAGAGCAGAUGCUGGUCUGUACACAUGUCAGGCAGAAGAAUCUUUUGGUUAUUCAGAGGGGACAUUUACCAGAAAUGUUGCCCAAGUGGAGCUUCAUGUGAAAACAACACCACCAGCUCCAGCCUAUUUGACGGUUUACCCAUCAUCAGUGUUAGCUCUAGUCACAUGGAAGUUGAAUAGCACAGGGGGUUACCCAAUAAAAUCAAUCUCAGUGAUCUAUCAAGAAGUCACAGAUGAUUGGAAUAAUCCGGCCUGGCAUCGGACGUAUCCCGAAGAACUGAAGCCAUCUAUUACACAAGUGGAGAUUUACAAACUGCAUCCAAACACGACAUACAAAUUCAGAGUAUGGGCAUCAAACAAACUAGGCCCAGGAGACUAUGCAGAAGUUAUGGCCACUACCAAAGAUUCACUUGAUGAUCAAGUCCAUGGAAGUCAUCUGCUGACGUCAAGUUAUGAACGCUUUCAAUCAAGUCCUUGGAUCCUCACCCUAGCAGUGCUCAUCGGUUCAGUAGGAUUCACUGUUUUGGUGUUGGCUUUCUUUCUGCUCCAGAAUCGCAGAAUGUGUUCGAGAAGAAGGACAUAUGACUCAUCAGACGAUAUGGAACUUGUGACAAACAUCAUUGUGAACCCCAACUAUCAGGCGGAGAAUGACCGCACCCUUUUGACCAACGAAGGCCACAACGAUCGUCAAGCGCUUUUGACAUGCAACUUCAUAGUCCCUCGUCGCCCAGCAGUUUGUUUAUAAAGUCCACUUUUAUACAUAUUCAGCUCUCUGUCUCCUGGCAGCACCCUCAUAUUGUUAAAUUAAUAACAAUUGCGCAAUCCACUGGCUUCCCUACUGUUAUCCACCUGAUUGCCACAUUGUCAGCCACGUAGAAAUCGCCACUUCAUUCGGCGUGUUGGUUAAGUUUUCUCAUAACCAACUACUAAUCUAUUGUUGAAAUUUGUGUUCAUGACCCCAUAUGGAUCUGUUUUCAAUACUCUCUCUGCUAAACUUACUAUCGAUCCAAAUGCCUUUUUUGGUUUUUCCUUAGUGGGAAUCAUUUUCGUCCCCGCACUCGCUUGUUGCAAUUGGAGGAUUUUGCACUUCUAGUCGACACAUUUUCCCGUCUUGUCCUCUUUUCUCUUUCAUUCUCUAUUCCUUAUAUAACGCAAUUGUAUUUGAAACAACGGCCUUUGAUGUAAACCGUGCAUCGUCCCGCGAAAUAACUCAACGUGAACAGGAACAAAUCGUUUCGUCUUAUUUAGCCAUUUUAGAUUGUUUGUUCAUCCAUCCACGCAUUACGUAUCCACACUAUGCUGCACUUCGUUUAAACACGCAUCCACCUACGAGUCCCUCAUGCUCGCAUAGCCCUGCCCCUGAUAGCAGGUUUGAAUUUU